AAGCGAUCCAACAUCAUCAUCAUCUUGGUCUGUGGGCGGCUGUCAUGGUGUUCUGUGCCGAGUGCGGAAGUCGCUUUGAAGACGACACGUCGCGCUUUUGCGCAGAAUGCGGCGCUCCUCGUGAGACGAUCGAAGUUGCCAUGCCUGCUCCUUCUCCAGUAACUCCAAUCUACCCUCCGUCUACGGCCGUGACGUAUUCGCCACCCCCUGUGACACCUGCCGCCCCAAUCUACACUCCCCCAUCCGUGGCGACUGUAGCUCCCGUCAACACGUACCCGACACCAUCCACGCCUUCUAUCGCUACUUCGUCUGCCAAUUGUUCGUCGUGUGGCACGCUUUACGCUGAUGCGACCGAGCGCUUCUGUGGCGACUGUGGGCAGCCUCGGCAAUUCGUCCAACAAGCGACUGCUGUACUUGACGACGACGACGAGGAUUUGUUUGGCGCACCGCCGUCGUCCGCAUCUUCGAUCCCACCACCAACCCCGUUCCACCCACCUAGUCCCAUGCUUGAAGCACAGGGAACAACACCCCCAUCAUCUUCUUUGGAAGUUCCCAAGCUUGGCAAUUACCCUGGUGCAGCACUUGUUGCUGCGCAGUUGGCUGGACUCACUGUGAAAUCGUCCAAGCCCGCGGCGCCCGCCCCCGUGGACGUGCAUGGGACUGGCGCGGGUAUCUCCAUCCUAGACGUUGUGACUGCUCGCGACAUGGACACGCUUCCGAUUCGCCAUGCCAUUUCCACAGGAAUCGACCACAAUCGGUCUCGUCCGAGUCAUACCUCGGGGGCCUUCCACUCCACCCCCGUGACUCCGCAGUGCACAGUGCACCAAAAUGUCCAGCUAGGGCCAUCGCCAGAGGAAGCUUUCUACGCAUCGCGAACGCUACCAGACUCGACGGAAUGGACCGCCUUGUUGCGGCAACACCGCCAUGCCAAGACCCAAUUCACAGACCCUGCGUUUCCGCCGUCGUUGGCGUCGUUAUAUCGCGACCCUACGCGCCCCAUGACGCCCCCAGGAACGACCGCUCUCGACUCGGUCGUGUGGAAAUGGAAGCGCAUUUCCGACCUAUUUUCCCACCAUGCAUAUGUCGAAGUCUCGAUCUUGGACGACGACCAAAAACUCGUGUGUGGCAUCGCCAUGAAAUCCCCGGCCGAAGCCGAGAGCAUGCUCGAAACCAUCCGCGGUCAGCAGACCCAAGUCAUCGACGCCCGCUUCCUCCUACGAGCCACGGACGCGGUCACGGCGGCGCUGCACAAGAAGCGCACUGAGCAUUUCCUCAACCUCACGCGACCGUUGAUGGAAUCCAUGCAAGAGCGAGUCGCUGAUGGCAGCAUCACCAAGUACGAGCUGCUGUGGCAAAAGAGUCUGCUCGACGCAUACAAACCACUGGUCUUUGCCGGCGUCGGCACUCCCUAUGGCUACCGUUUGGACGGCUAUGGGACGUCAGUGUCCAAGGUGCAAGUGCUCGUGCCAAUCCAGUUCCAAGCCCAACAAGUAUGCUUGUUUGAUCGAGAAAUUACGUCUGGCGCCAGCUGCAAGCCCGGACGUCUGGCCGACGGCUACUUGUUUGGAGCGCUCUCGAUGCUGUCGACAUCCCCCACGGCACUCUCGCAGUUGUUUCCACGACUCACGGGGGAUUUGGUGCAGCCGCACAUGGUGUGGCCGAGUCCGCACGAGUUGGAGCAACAGUACAACGACGAGGGUGUGUAUUGCGUUCGGUUCUGGCGCAACCACAAGAGUUACCUUGUGGUCGUGGACGACUAUAUCCCGUGCAACCAUAACGGCAAGCCCGCGUUUGCUUCGUUCACUGGCACCGCCUCUCGCUUUGAGAUUUGGUCUAUGCUUGUGGAAAAAGCAUAUGCAAAACUGUAUGGCGGGUACGACAUGAUUGUGGGCGGCCAAGAGCUAUUUUGCCUGCAAGACCUCUACGGUGGACUUCCGUCGUCGUAUCCAACAAGCAACCUCCAAGCGAAUGCGAGUGCUCGGUUGAGUCAGUCGUUAAAACGAGGGAAUUUGAUCGGCUUGACCAACACGACCAACCACUCGGUGGCGAUGCCGUUGGGCCUAAAGGCAGGGCAUGCGUACGGCCUGGUCAAGAUUGCCCAGCUGCAGGUCCAAGGCCAGCUCGAGACGGUCGUGCAGCUGCGGAAUGUAUGGUCGGACGCGUCAAGUGAUGCCGCGGCGGCGGGGGUGCCGUGGGCCCGUGGGGGCGCCGACUGGAAGCAGUGUUCGCUCCAUCAAAAGCAGCGCGUGGGGUACCAACUCGCCGACGACGGCACGGUGUGGCUGACACUGGCGACGUGUUUGGCCUUGUUUUCCACUGUGUUGGAGUCGAGAAAUGUAUAUCAGUUUCCGUCGGUAGACCCGCGGGAUGUGGACGCGGUGCCGUUGUACGUGCAUGUGAUUGCAAGUGGAUGGAAGGGCGUCACGUGUGGCGGCCGCGAAGCCAUCCACUUGAACCCGCAAUUUCAAUUCACCACUGCAGACGCGACAGACGUGGUGGUCCACGUCGAGCAGCCAUGCCGACGAGCCAACAUGCAAGCCGACUACCCAUGCUUCGUGGCUCCCGUGGUGGCAGCCCACGCAGUCGUCGGCCGCCGCAAGCUGGACGUGGCCAAGGACGUGAUCGCCACGGGCACAUUCGUGUCGAAUCGCAGCUGCCUCGUGGAGCUAUCGCUGCCGUCUGAGGGGACGUACGCCGUCAUCCCAGCCACGUACGCGCCGUUCGAGUCGGCGUUUCAGGUCGUGGUCGUGUCGCCGGUGCCCCUCGCUGUUGGGUUCGUCUCAGACGACGAUAUCCCCGUCUGCAGUGUGUGUCGCCAGCCGUUGAAAGGGUCGUACAGAACGUACACGUCCCCGUACGAACUAGUAAUACUAGUUAGGACCUGUGCAUCGUCAGCACGGAAUGGAUGGAUGGCAAUGUGAUGAUUGGAUGUGUGUAUGGGUGUAUGUAUAUGCAGGGAUGGAGUAGUCGCCGAGCAUGUAUGCCAAGGCAGAUGUGCCGAUGAGUACCGAUCGAUGCAUGCGCCAGUGUGUGUGGACUGCCGCGAGCGCAUCGAAGUGGUCGCGGGGCGCUUCUCUGGGCGCCUCUUCACGUUGGAAGAUGGCACGUCAUGUCAUGCAGAAUGCAUGGACAACUAUCGUAUCCGCCAUGCAGAUUCGUGUGUGCACUGCCACGACGCGAUUGUCCAAAUUAAAGGAAAAUUCGACGGUAAAUUCUUUGCGCUGGACGGCGGAAAAGGCAAAGUGCAUGCCGAGUGCAUGGAGGCGUACCAGCUGUCGAUUGCGAAGAAGUGCCAUGAGUGCGGGCUGGCCAUCGUCAAAGGCGGCCGCUUCGACGGGCGGUUCUACCAGCUCUCUGGCUCGGAAAACCAGGUGCAUUUCGAAUGCUGGGAGGCGUUUCAAGCGAGCGCUGCCCCCAAGUGCCGCCACUGCCGCGAGCCCAUCUUGAAGAUCGAGCCCAAAUUUGACGGCCGCUUCUACGACCUCAACGACGGCUCGGGCAAAGUGCACUUUGAGUGCUGGGAUGCGUUUCGACAGUAGAGUUGACAAGACCGAAAUAACGAACCAAACAUGAUGCCUUUUUACACUUUGCAAGA